AGCGAGCGCCGCCAGUCAGCGUGCACGCUCACUCGAGGCAUGAAACUCACUCCAGCUCAUGCAGCGCAGGCAUGUGUGUACACUCGGCCCAAGCACAUGGCAUACGCUUAAUGAGAUUUUUUCUAAUUGUGAUUUUAAGCUUAUUUGGUCUGUGUUUAAGAUCGUCGUGUGAUUGUCACAAUUUCAAUCCAAGCCGAAUGUCGGGGGUGAACGGAUCCUAGCGACUCGUGAUAGUCCGACACAGAGCAUCGACCACACUCGGAUAUACAAGGUCUUCAUUCGCUGGGGAAAUGGAUACACGAAGGCUAGGCUCCCAAUUCGGGAUGUUUAUAUUUCUGUUAUUUGUGACCAUACCUGGAUUUGAUUGUCGAAAAUUUAAAAAGUUUCCUUUAAUAGAGGAUAAAGUGGAACACAAGCAAAGCCGAACUCCAGGCUGUUGGCUUGGGGGGGGACGUUUUACCACUUGGAACAGCGGUGGAGCCCAGCUCUACUUCCCCAUGGGACCAUGGUGUGUGUCAAGUGCGAAUGUUUACCGGUCGAGAGAAAAGGCAUUCUCCAGCAUCAGGGGCAGAUAGUAUGUCGGAACAUUAAGAAUGAAUGCCCCAAGCCAAUGUGUGAUACCCCAGUCCUGCUGCCAGAACGAUGCUGCAAAACAUGUCCGGGGCAAGACAGUAGUUUCGAGGACCACUACAGCAUCAGCGGUAAAACCAAAGGCAAAGAGGUCGCCAUUAGCGGAGACGAACAUGAAAAACAACACAAAGGAGAAUUUAUCGCACUGUUGGUUGGUCGCAACGUUCGUGGCACGCCAGUCAAAACGAAGGCCGUCGCCAUUGUUCGCAUCACCUUGACUAAUGGCGAACUCCGGUAUGCAGUUAGAUACAACAGACUUGACCGGCCGAAGUUCCUCCAGAUUACGGACGCUAAUGGCAACGUUCUUGUUGAGACCCCCCUAGUGAAGAGCAAGAAAGGGGAGAGAAAGCUCUGCGGCGUCUGGCAGAAGAUCCCUAGCGUCUACCUGCAGUACUUCCGAGAGAGGCGCUUGUUCGCUGUCAUCACGGCAGCCAAACACACCAAGGGCCUGAUCGCCGGCCGCGUUGUCCCUCACGAACAAGCUGCGAAAGAGACUUUCUCAGUCGUGAUGGGGUCACCCAAGGCGGAGGGUAUUGGAGGAGUUGCCUCCCUUGAAUACGACCAUUCCCAGCAUCAAGUGAAAUAUGUCGUCUCGUUUGACGGCAUCUUUGAAGAGAAAGAUUUCAACGGCGAGUACUAUGUCACUGUUGAGAAAAACCACAAAAUAAUCCAUCAGUCCAUGGGCAGAGUCGGUAGAAAGAGCAACACUCUGUCAGGAACAUGGAAGAUGACCAAGAAGCGGGAGUCCAAACAGCUGGCACGUGGUCGUCUCGUGCUCCGUGUGACGUCACGAGGUGGAAAUACCGUCAGUGGAAAUAUCCAGCCCAGGCUGACGUGUGAAAUCUACCAGUCGUUGAUGUCGGGGUUCCAAUCGGUGAAGCAUGCGCCUUCGCCCGCAGCCGGAACUGCCAUCUUGGACAUCCGCGAGCAAGGCUACAUUUCUUACAACAUCAGAGUUGUCGGCCUUGACAGCAAGGUGGCGCGCAUCCGGCUCGUGGGCGCUCCCAACAAGAAGGGAAAGCGGAAGGUCGUAGCCAAUCUUCAGAACACCUUCAAAGAGGAUAUUAACUCUUUCAGUGGAUGGGCAAAUGGAACGUACAAAAAACUGAAAGCAGACGACAUCGACUUGCUCCUGAACAACAAACUCUACAUCAAUGUCGUCACGUCUGGAAAGAAGUCGAGCAAUCUUCGGGGCCGUGUUGCCAGCAUCCCCUACCACACCCACUUCCAAGACGUCGGCGUCUACCCCGUCACUCUCGUCCCCGUCACCACCGAGAGCGAGGGUGCGGCUGCGCAUGCCUGGCUGUCCAUGGAUGUCGGCUGCAGCCUACAUUAUGACGUCAUUGUCUCGCAGGCAACCGACGAGACUUUCAGUCUUAUGCUUGGUACCUAUGGCAACAGUCUCAUGAGCACAGCCGUCCUUGGGACAUCAGAGAAACAAGAACCGAUAACUCUCUUCGAGACUAAAAUGAUAAGCGGCAGCGUCAACAGUGUUCCAGAAGGACUCUUCCGAGAUCUGGAUGAAGGGAACGCUUUCUUGCAAGUCAAUUCCGGAAGUGACAUUAUUUUGUCUGGAAAUGUGACGCUGCCUAACACGUGCUGGCAGUACGCCGGCGACAUCGACACUGACAUUCUGGUCGACGAGCAGCGCGAAGACGACAACGAAGAACUGAAAUUCCGCUGCUACUACGAAGGGAAAUACUUCGAAAACGGCGACAGCUGGAAGCCUGUUGUGAAUGCCACAUGCAAUAGAUGCAGUUGUAACAAACGCACCGUUACCUGCCACCACGUGCUGUGCCCAGCCGUCACGUGCGCCAACCCCGUACAGGGCGAGUGUUGUCCCAGGUGCCCCGAUGCCACGGAGCGAGAGACCCGAGUGGAGAAUAAGACGUGUCAGCUCGAGGGAGAUCACAGACAUCACAACAUCGGAGACACAUGGCACCCCUUUCUACCUCUCUCCGGCUUCACCAAAUGCGUUCUCUGCAAGUGUCUGCCGGGAGGUGUACCAAAGUGUGACCGGCUGCCAUGCCCGAAACUGGACUGUCCUGCAGACGAGCGGAUCAGGACAAACCCCGGCGACUGCUGCCAAGUCUGUGGACCAAAGAAGGAAAGAGUCGUGGUACCGGAAGUGAAACCUCUGAAGGACAUCAACAUGGUGGGUGCGUGCACGUUUAUGGACGAGGUAUUUGCCGAUGGUUCCCGAUGGCACCCGAAGAUCGCCCCGUUCGGCUACAUGAAGUGUGUCGUGUGCCGGUGUAAGACUGGCGUGUACAACUGCGGGCGACAGAAAUGUCCCAAGCUCAACUGUAAGAGGAAGAUCAGAAAGUCAAACUCCUGCUGUUACAGCUGUGACCCCAAUCAGCCAGAUGAGGAUGAGGAACAGUCCAAGGAUGAAGGGAUGUGCAACUUCGGUGGCCGGACCUACAGAAACGGAGAAAAAUGGCGGCCGAAGACAGCUCCUAACGGCACCGUGCGCUGCGCUGUGUGUAAAUGUAAAAACAGCACGGCGAAGUGUAGGAUUCGCUGUUCAAAGAAACGAUGCGAAAACGAUCCCUUCUUGAGAGACCCGUGCUGUCGAGAGUGUCAAGCACGAAGGAAUCGGAGAAAAAACAGUCGUGAAAAAUCCUCAAGUAAAGAAAACCGAAACUGAUCGGCAAGCUGUUGUGAAUGUUUGAUCCCAAGGUCCGAGUGUUGUGUGUGGGCGAAUGUUUCUUCAGGAUGAAAACAUGUUUGCGUGAAAGACUACCUAAACCAUGUGAUACGUUCAAAAUGGCGAACAAUGCUAUUCCGUCUUGAUCAGGGACUUCCAAGACCGAGAGAACUGAAGGACAAUCGUAUGAACUUUGUCCUGAGGACACUUACAACUUGACUGUGUUGCCCUUCAUUUGGUGAACGAAAAUGGGACGUUUUGAUUGGGUAACCAUUCACGUUACGAGAACUUGUUUCAUGGUCUUUCUUUACAAAGACCUUAUUUUCGUGUUGGGACGCGAGAUGUGAUUAGUGCUAUAUUCACAUUAUUCAACACUUCACCUUAUUAGUGCUAUUGUUUUAAGGUGUUUGUGUUGCGUUUUAACGAGGGACUUACAAACUAUACCACGUUACGUGUUUACCGACGUCAUCAAACUGAAACUGACUUCACAGCAGGCCAUGGCCGCAGGUUUUUGUGACGUCAUACCGGAAGUGCUUCCAGCAACCAAAGACUGUUGCUCGUCACGUGAUUCACCACGUGUGAUUUUUAGUACAGAAAGUUUUAGUAUAUGUUUUCAUGUUGACAUCACGAUAGUUAUUUUCGAUUUCAUACGUAAAUUUAUUUAAAUUUAUUCAAAUUCUUCCAGCAACAUUUGGAUGCUAUUUUGUGCAUUUAUACCUGAACCUUUUCAAAUAACGUGAUGUUCUGUGCAUUUGUUACUUGGUGUAGUCUUUGUGCUCUGUGUAUUGUCUU